UGUGCUUUAAUUUAAAUCAGCCAUUCAUUGGUCCUUAGCCCUGACUAAGCCCACGCGAUUUUAUGCAACGCGAUAAGACGCGACUUCUUAAAGUGGCCGAUUCUUGGUAGAUGUAGACUCUUUGGAUUCAUUCAAAACUCAAGUACACACACAAUUGACUACUUACGACUCAUUGAACAAUUUAACAAUAAUCAUACGAUAGUUCUGAAUAUGGUGGUAAAAACUAGAGGGAGACCAGCUACCAAAGCUGCUGUAGUGGAGGCAGAGCCCUCAAAAGCCGCUGACCAAAAAGUCAAAUUACAGCCAGAUGAUUCCAAUCCCCCGAGGGUUUUUAUAUUACCAAAGGAUAUCAGCACGGAAGCUCGAAUUGUCACACUCGAAAAUCCUAGAUAUGCAAAGGAUAGUCGAUAUCUUGUAUGCCCCAAUAGAGGUUUCAAUGAAUUUACUCGAAUAGCUGCGCCGAAAAUAACACCUCGAAGUUGGUUACUUGUACCAGAAAAUGAGCCAGCCGUUCCCUCGACCGAACGAGUACUUAAGGAUGAAGCGAAUGACAAAGAAGAGUCUUCGGCGAAAGGUUAUGUCACGAAAGGAGCAGAUCUUUUCAUUUCGACCCCAAUUGACGCCUUAUUCAUUAUCCUCCCUGCUCUUGUACCCCUAUCUACAACCAAAGUUUCGGACCCUCCAAAGAAAUUAUUCCUGGCUGGCGAAGAAUAUAUCGAUAAGUUAAUAUCUGUAUCACCGCAUCUUCGAUCUUUCCUGAGAACCGGUCCCUUACGAACACGUCUAGAAAAGAGAAUGGCUGCAGUGUGCGACACGGUGGAUGCUGGCGACGAAACAAUGUUUAGAAUAAAUGAGGAAAAGCUAUUCAAUGAACUUUUACAAAAAGCAAAGAGGAUGGCCGGGCAUGGGUUGCCUGCUACUAUGGAGGAAAAACUUGUCAGAAAGGCGCUGGACGCACCAGUUUUGAGUAUCAAGCGGGGAGAGGAAUUAACCCAUGGAGGAUUAAAAGAGGAAGCGAACACAUCGGCAGAAUCAGGUACUUCUACACCACGAACAGACUCACAGGAUACACAAGCUACAGACUUAUCUGUAGAUACUGUGGCAAGUUCAUUUUCAGAAGCUUCAACUGCAGCAACAUUAAUAUCGAGCCAUUCGGCUGUUGCACUUGAAGAUGAGAAAAUAAGCGUACCAUCGAUCGAUGCACCUGACGGUGUCGCAGACCUGCUGCGCAUUCGUACAGCAUUUUUCUUCAUCUGCUCGAAUUACAUAGCCCCUCACCUCAGUGAAAUACUGAAGAAGUCUUUGAAAUCUUCAACCUCACCUGUUGACUUCACUCCCUUGGACAGCCACCUCGCAUAUUUAACGAAAUUACGACAAGACGCUAUGGCGGCCAGGUCAAUGGGUGAUUAUUCGAGAAAGCGAGCGUUGGUCGGAGAUGAUGAAGAGAUAGAGACACGCGCAGAAAAGAAGCGCAAACAAGACGAGGAGGAUAGGAGGAGGAAGGCUGGUGAGAGUCGAGGUGUCAAGAACUUAAAGAAAGUCAACACUAGUGGCAUGAAGAAGAUGAAUGAUUUUUUCAAAAAGAAAUGAUUGUACUUAUUCUUAAGGAAAGUUGGCGUUGGAGCGGGAUUUGGGUAGGGUGUUGGGUAAGAUCGAUCCGGAUUGGCACAUCCCUAGAUACCAUCAUGUAGAACAUUGCAGCGAAUGAUUUGAAUGAUUUAUCGUACGCCUCGUGCUCUCCCUCGUGG